CAAAGUCUUGAAGAAUAACUCAUUGAUCAAUCCGCACCAAGGCAUAGAGUUGGUCGUGCCAUCCCUUCAAAGAAGUUAAUUGGGGAAAACGUGCACGUCUUUCCUUUAAAGUAAAUUUCUUGUUUUUUCUCGGACGGACAAACAGGGCAGCUGCAAUGUGGAUUCAAGUGCGCACAAUGGAUGGGAAGGAAACCCAUCGGGUGGAUUCCCUGUCCAAACUCACCAAGGUGGACGAGCUGCGUCUCAAAAUCGUGGAGCUCUUCAAGGUGGAGCCAGAGAGACAGAGACUCUUCUACCGUGGCAAGCAGAUGGAAGAUGGCCAUACCUUAUUUGACUACAGUGUAGGCCUAAAUGACAUCGUACAGUUGCUUGUUAGGCAGCAGUUGCCCCCUGUCGAUGUCGUCAAGGGCAAGGACAAAGAGGCUGAGCUCUCUGACUCGGAUUCUGGCUGUGGCUCAACCCAGAGCGAGUGUGACAAGAGUUCGACUCAUGGCGAGGUAGAGGGUCAGACUGCGGGAACCUCUGCGCAGACAAACUCCCCAGAACUCAUUGAUCCUGGAUUUGGACUUUACAAGAUCAAUGAGCUGGUGGAUGCAAGAGACUUGAACAUGGGAGCAUGGUUUGAGGCCCAGAUUGUGAAAAUUACCAAGACGCCCCAAGAAGAGGCUGCUGAAGCAGAGCCAGCUGAGGAGAUACUGUACCAUGUUAAAUAUGAAGACUACCCAGAGAAUGGGGUGAUUGAGCUGCAGGCAAAGGAUGUUCGUCCACGUGCCCGUACAGUGUACCAGUGGCACCAGCUGGAGCCAGGAAUGGUUGUUAUGCUCAAUUACAACCCAGACGAACCCAAGGAACGUGGCUACUGGUAUGAUGCUGAGAUCCAGAAAAGGCGGGAGACACGUACUCAGCGAGAGAUCUACGCUAAGAUUAUCCUUGGUGAUGCUGGUGACUCUCUGAAUGACUGCCGCAUCAUGUUCCUGACUGAAAUCUACAAAAUUGAGGAGCCUGGUUCUCUAAGUGACACCCAGCCUGGCUCUGAGAGUCCACUAAAAAGAUCAAAUGGACCCGAGUGCAAGCACUGUAAGGAUGAUCCCAAAAAGAACUGUCGCUGGUGUAACUGCCACAUCUGUGGCAUCAAGCAGGAUCCUGACAAACAGCUGCUGUGUGACGAAUGCGAUAUGGCCUUUCACACCUAUUGUCUGAAUCCUCCACUCACCUCUAUCCCUGAGGAUGAGGACUGGUAUUGCCCAGGUUGUCGUAAUGACACCAGUGAGGUUGUGCUGGCUGGAGAGAAGCUGAAGGAGAGCAAGAAGAAGGCUAAGAUGGCUUCUGCUAGUUCCUCGAGCCAGAGGGACUGGGGCAAGGGUAUGGCCUGUGUUGGUCGAACCAAACAGUGCACCAUUGUCCCAUCCAACCAUUAUGGCCCAAUACCUGGUAUCCCUGUCGGUUCCUUAUGGAAGUUCAGAGUGCAGGUCAGUGAAUCUGGUGUCCAUAGGCCUCAUGUUGCUGGGAUUCAUGGCAGGAGUAAUGAUGGCGCCUACUCCCUGGUCCUGGCAGGAGGCUAUGAGGAUGAUGUGGAUGAUGGUAAUGAAUUCACUUACACCGGCUCUGGAGGGCGGGAUCUGUCUGGAAACAAGAGGACUGCUGAGCAAUCAUGCGAUCAGACACUUACACACAUGAACCGGGCGCUGGCUCUCAACUGCAAUGUCCCUGUCAAUGAAAAAAAUGGAGCAGAGGCCAAAAACUGGAAGGAAGGCAAACCAGUUAGAGUGGUACGCAGCUGCAAGGGACGCAAGCACAGCAAAUACUGCCCCGAGGAAGGAAACCGAUAUGAUGGAAUAUAUAAGGUGGUGAAGUACUGGCCAGACAAAGGCAAAUCAGGCUUCUUGGUCUGGCGGUAUCUGCUGAAGCGUGAUGACGAUGAGCCGGCACCAUGGACCAGAGAUGGCAAGGAACGCAUCAAGAAGCUUGGUCUCACCAUGCAGUACCCUGCAGGCUAUCAGAAAGAGAAGGAGAACAAAAAUGAAGUGGAGGAAGAGGCGACACCGAGCAAGGCCAAGAGGAAGAGAAAAUCUCAGGGCAGCGAAUCCUCGAAGACCUCACCAGCUAAGAGUCCUAAGAAAAUGAAGGUAGAGGUGUACAAGCUUUCCCAGGAGCAGAAGGCACUCAUCAAGAAUGACAAGCUAAACAAGAAGCUGUGGGACGAAGCCAUGGGAUCACUGUCACUUGGACCGAAAUUCUUGAACAAAGUUGAAGAAGUUUUCCUCUGCAUUUGCUGCCAAGAAGUGGUCUUUCAGCCCAUCACCACAGAGUGCCAACACAACGUCUGCAGGGAAUGCCUUCAGCGGUCCUUCAAAGCAGAGGUGUACACCUGCCCAGCCUGCAGGCACGACCUGGGCAAAAACUACUCCAUGUCUGUCAACAAACCUCUGCAAGACAUUCUAAGUCAGUUUUUCCCAGGGUACAGCAACGGGCGAUGAUCAUUGGUGCUGCUUAUUCAGCCCUUGAGGAAAUGCGAUGUAAACUGUCAGGGCCAUUUUCAGUAGAGGCAAUAAAGAAUCAUUUUCUUUUAAUAUAUUCUAUGAUUAUAAAACUGCAAUAUUUGUGGACUUCAAUAUUACCAUUUUCACCUUGGAGCUGCAAUGAUGUGGUGUUUAAUGAUAAAUUUAAAAAUUCCUUUAACUGGCUGUACCGUUACUUCAUUAAUGCCUUCAACCUUUUUUUUUUUUUUUUUUUUUUUUUAAUACUCCCGGGUGCAUCGUUCGAUUCCAUUAACAAAUUCUAAUGUUUCCGUAAUGUAAAUUGUGUCAUUUUAAACUAAAUGUCUCCGUGUUUACCUCUUGUUAAAGAGAAUGUUAAGCCGAAAUUGGUUAAGCUGUUUUUACCCAACUUGUUUAAAGAUUCUUUUAUACAAAGCUUUUAUCAUCAUUCUGUCUGUUCUGCUUUGCUGUGAGGUUGGCCAUCUUGUGGGUGCAAUUCGUCUUAAUUCUGCUCAUGCAGUAGAUUUUAUAGCAAGUUUUUUUUUUUUUUUUUUUCUUUUCCUGGCAUGUUUAUGGGAUUGAAAUCAUACUAUUUCUGUUAAAUAUAGAUGAUACCCAACAUACAAGCACAAACUGGACCAGAUGAGUUGUUUUCCUGCACUUGAACAGGCUGAGGGCAAGUAACUUUGUCAUCAGAUGUUGGAUUUUCUAUCUGUUCCUGUUCCCUGAAUGUUUUCGUACAGGAAUUUUUCUACUUGUAUAUGAAUUUUGUAAACAUUGCCAUGAACUUGAUAAACCGUUCAGAUGCCAGACAUGGGGGAUUGAUAAGGAAAUUUGAUUCUCUGGCAUAGAUUUGGAUAUCCCUUGUUUUGAAAAGUUUCACUUUAUUAAAGUCCAAAGAGAAAAAAAAGUGCUUAACCAAGAGUGUAAUGUAGAACUCCUGUCUAUCUAGAUGUCCCUGACAGCUGAACUUACUUGCGUCUAGAAAUUUAAGUGUAUUUUUUUUCUUAAAGUUUAAAAGUGUACUUUUCAUCUUUUAUAAUCCAUUUCUGCCAUCUAUGUAGGGGGUGUUCAGUCAGCCUUUUGUGUCUCCAGUGGUCACCUGUGUUACCUGACCUCAUCAAAAAAAGCCAAACAGGAAAUGCUUGUUUUACAUGUUAAGGAAAUUCCACAUGCUGAUUCUGAAAUUCAGCUACGCUGAGUUUCACUACUUUUUGCUGUUGCCUUUGUCUGUUUUACAAAUGCAAUUCAGUUUAAGCAGCAGUGUCUUAUCUAUCCAUGUGCCAGCACUUAAAAUUUUGAUGGAGAUACAAAUAUUUGCAUAGACUGGGAAAUGUAUAUUUUCUGAAAUUGUAUAUUUUUUUUGAAGUCCAUUGUAGUUUUGAUAUGUAGUUUUAGAAUUGCUUGCACAUGUUUCGUGCAAAAAUUUGUCA